UGCAAAAUACCUUUGUAGUUUCUCUAGAGUUAAAUAUGGUGAUAGCUGUUCAAGUCAAACAAGCGCCUUUUGCUAUUGAUGAGGUUAAAAAUGCAAAUGAAAAAUCGAAGCAUAAUGAACCCGAAGCACCUCCUGAUAGAUAUCACAUCGCACCUUUGCUAUUUUUCUUCACUGGACUAGCAGGAAUGUUACCUGUAUCCUUUUUCUUAGUUGCAAACGAUUAUUGGAUGUACAAAUUGAGAGAUACCCAAUAUGACACAUAUGAUUUGAAGAACAAGACAUAUCUUCAAAAAAUGUUUGUGUCUGUUAGUUCAAUAAGUCAAGGUUUUCCCAGCUUGAUAGCUUCAUUUUUAUCAGCUAAAUAUGCUUACAAAAUAACAGUCCGGAAGAGAUUUCUUGUAACUUUGGGAGCUAUAAGUUUCCUAUUCGUUAUUUUUACAUUAUUUGUGAAAAUAAACACAGAUUCAUGGCAAACAUUGUUUUUUGCAGCAUCAAUAACGGUUAUAGCUGUUAUUACAAUUUUUCAUCCACUUUAUAGCGUAACUAAUAUGGCUUUCAUGUCACGAUUCCCUUCGAAAUAUUUACGAUUCAACAUGUACGGCAGUUCAAUAUCCGCCAUGUUUAGUGCUGUUCUUCAGAUAAUAUCACUUAGUAUCAGUGAUAGUCCAACAGAUGUAGCUCUCAUAUACUUCAUCAGUGGAACGUUAGUGAUAAUGUUCACGUUUUUCUUAUGUUGUAUUAUGAAUUAUUCUCCAGUUAUUAACUUUUAUUGGAAAGAAGAAUCUAGAAUUAAAAAUGACGUUUCGAGUCAUAGUCUAAAAGAAUUUUACGAAGCUGCUCGAAGAAUCUGGCCAAUGAUUGUUGCACUUGUGAUUACAACAGCUGCAGCUGGACUUGGGCAUGCAAAUAUAACAAAUCUGGUAGUUUCUGAAGGAUACGUUGAUAACAAAACAAGCAUUUGGUAUAGCAAGUAUUUUGUACCCACUGUAACUUACUUGGGAGCAGAUGUAUUUAAUUUGGCUGGAAGAUUUUUUGGACGAGGAAUACAUACAAAAAAAGCAGCGCUUUGGAUUAUCUUAGCUGCUGCUAUGAGAAGUUUCAUCAUAGGUCCUUUAUUUUUGUUUUGCAAUGCUCAACCGAGAUCUCAUUUGCCUGUUUGGUUUCCUCACGAUUACCAAUAUAUAAUUAUAUUGGGAGUAUACGUAUUUUCUGGAUCAGUUCUAGCCGUAACACAGGUUCUUAGUUUACCAAAGUUGGCUGGUAACAAGACAGAAUUAGCUUUUAUCACAACGCAAGUAAUUGGAACAACAACAGGAACUUUGGCUGCCUUUUUAAAUCCAGUUUUUGUCAGUUUAUUAUAAAGGGGAAUAAAGAAUAUUUUUGUGAUA